UUAUUAUAAAACUACAAGCUUGCCACUCUCUCUCUUCUCCUAACUUGGACGACGGCCUCUCUCUCUGCAACUGAUCUCCGGCUAUCGAUCCAGGCCUCUGGCGACUCAAACCAUGGCAUCAGCCCACCGAAUCUCUAAUUUUCCAUGUCUCAGAGACCGAGGUCUUCCCAUUCAUAAAUCACAGGCGACCGAAUUCGAUCCAGCCCGGCGGCGAUUAGACACAUAAUCCGUUUGCCUCGGAUUUCGAUUUUAAACUUUCUUCAAUUUUGAUUUCCCAGAUCGACUGCACAAUAAUAAUGCUAGUUCGUUGAUUAUGAUGAGGAUGCUGUGAUUGAAUGUUAGCCGUCGAGCAAGAAUGAAUGGGUUAUCCCGGAAAUCGACGAAAACGACAUCGUCAGCGCCUCCUGGAGAUCGAAUUCGCUUCUCCGCCGCCUUCUCCACUGCCGGAAAAUGCUGUCUCUCACAUUAGGCUGAAGUCGGAGGAGAAGGCAUUGAAGGUGUUUUGGACGGCUGGGAUGAGAGUCAAGAUGGCCAUGGAGACUGAUGACUCGUCCAGGAUGACUUGGUUUCAGGGCACUCUGUCUUCUGCCUUUGUUCCGGAGAAUGGGCCUUGGAAGGGAUCCCCAUGGCGUAUGCUUCAGUUUAGCAAACCAGAAUUUCGAGAAGGAGAAGGCAGAGGAGGUGUUGAGGACGACGAGUUGAGCUGGGCUGAUGUCAUGAAGAUAGUUUCUGGGCUGUUUUUGGGUCUAGAACUUUCAUAGUUGCCUGGUUGGUUAUGUCUAUGUUAGUGACAGCUAUGUGGAAGUGAGUUGACCGGGUAACUCGAAAAUGAUGGGUAACUCGAUUUUAAAGUUUUUUUUUUUUUUUUUUUUGGGUAAAUUUGGCAGAAGG